UAUUUCUCUUUGAGUUCAUUCUACACGUGUUUAGUAGAACGCAGAAUAAAAGAAAUUGCAAAAUAUUUGUUAGCUCCUUGGAUUCAAUCAAGUUGUCUGGAAAUGGAAUUAUUUACUAUAAAUCGAUACACUGAUGAUAAAAUUGAUGAGGCCAAGAAAAAUGAGGAUGCAAUUCUAAAGAAGAUACUCCAAAAAGUGGAAAAACGCAAAAGGAAAAAGAGCGCUGCCGGCGAACUGCUGUAUUCAAAUGAACAAACAGAGGGAAAGUCCAAACCUAUUAUUGAGGACAUAAAUGAAAGCGAACUAGUCCAAGAACUUAAGAACGAAAACGCUGAAGAAUCUGCCGUCAUCGAUAAUGAUGUCGAUCCAAUCGCCAACGGCGUACCCGUCUUUGAAACAACCAAUUUUCAAGUGCUCGGCGAGGAUGUGCACAAUAGUAAACCAAAAGCAGUCAAUAUGGUGCUGCCGUCUUGGCUAGCGCAUCCCACAAUCAUCUCAACAACUAUAACACCAAAACACGAUGCAGUGACAGAAAUAUCAGAAAUUGCUAAAUUAACCUACUUAGCACCGCAUAUAAGACAGUCACUGAAAGAAAUGCACGUGACAAGACUAUUUCCAGUACAAACGACAGUGAUACCAUGCUUACUUGAGGCACACGCCAAGCCGCCACCAUUCCGACCACGCGACGUCUGCGUUUCAGCACCUACAGGUAGUGGCAAAACUCUAGCCUUUGCCAUACCAGUGGUACAAUUAUUAGCUAAUCGCGUAGAACGUAAAAUACGUGCAUUAGUUGUAUUGCCAGUUGGCGAGUUGGCAUUGCAAGUUUUCAAAGUGUUCAAAAAGUUAUGUGAAAAAACUAAUUUAGCUGUUUGCCUUCUAUCCAAGAAGUUUCCAUUUGCUCAGGAACAAGAAAAACUUGUAGAGCGUUAUAAAGAACAAUAUUACUCAAAGGUGGAUAUUCUAGUAACGACACCAGGUCGCUUGGUUGAUCACAUACAUGCAACAAAAGGUUUUUGCUUAAAAGCUUUACGUUUUCUGGUUAUUGACGAAGCUGAUCGUAUAAUGGAUGCAGUUUUUCAAAAUUGGCUCUAUCAUCUGGAUGAGCAUGUACGUGCUACGUCGGAUCAAUUGCUUUCUGGACGCGCAGCACCACUCUGUUAUCGAGAAUUGGAGUCGAGGUGUGGCGCACAACCGCAUAAGUUACUUUUCUCGGCAACGCUUUCGCAGGAUCCGGAAAAAUUACAGAAUUUAAGAUUAUUCCAACCUAAGUUAUUUACUUCGGUGCUUUUUAGCUUAUCGGAAUUACAGGAGAAGUUUGCAGAUGCAACUAACAGCGAAGAACAGAAUCAACAAUUGAAUCGUGGUGAAUUCGUAGGAAAAUAUACAACACCAGCUGAGUUGACCGAACGCUACUGUAUCACAGAGAAUCGCAUUAAACCAUUAACGCUCUUUGCCUUGAUCAAUGAAAAUGAAUGGACGAAAUUUUUGUGUUUCACAAACAGUGCCGAGGCGUCGAGCAGAUUAUCUUUUGUUUUAAAAUCGCUAUUUAAUGAGAAGCUGAUCAUAGGCGAUUUGAGUGCUUCGAUUAGUCCAAAAGAACGUGCAAAUGUGUUAAGUCAAUUCGCGCGUGGGCGUGUUCAUGGCCUUGUUUGUUCAGAUGCACUGGCUCGUGGUAUUGAUCUACCUGUUGUGGACGUUGUUAUCUCUUAUGAUUUGCCGCGACACAUUAAAACCUAUAUACAUCGUAUUGGACGCACAGCGCGUGCGGGUAAUCUGGGUACAGCGAUAACAAUUCUAACACUAAAGGAAUGGGAGCGAUUUAAUCACAUGCUCGGCGAAGUAGGUAAAGUUUUAACGAAUGAAAUUACCGUAAACACCGACUAUGAGACGGAAUAUGCCAAAUCGUACACACUAGCGCUGCAGGGUUUGCGUAAGAAACUUGAACAAGAAAAGCGAGUUCAAUUAUUGCGAAAGGAGCACGUCAAGGAUAAAGCCAAAUUUACAGCUAAAGAUCCUUCGAAAAUGUCCAUUAUGGAAAAAUUGCAGUUACAGGCUUUUACACAGGUGGAAAAUGUCGAAGGAGACGAUCAAGAACCGAAAAAAAGUCGGAAAAAUAAUCAAAAAGAUAUGUUUAUCAAGCGCAAGAAAUUUAAUGCGAGCGCAGGUAAAUCUAAAGAUAUUCAAAAAUAAAGUUGUUUAUAAACAA